AUCAGUGAGGGGAAAACUUCUGACUCUGAGCGGACUGCUACUCUUCGUCUUCCUCAAAACUCCCGGCGCGUCAAUAUGUCUGACCUACACACUCUCUCUGGCGAAAAUCCCGAGCAAGAGGCUCGAAACGACAAGUACGAGGACGACGAGAACAAGGUUGGACCCCAUCUCGGGGCGAGCCAUCCGGUCGAUCCUUAUCCUCCAGUCGACCAGCUCGGGUAUAGCGAUGAAGAAGAGCCGCAGAAUGGAGUCCUGCAGAUGGAAGCCAUCACGGCGGUUUGGUCCAAGCGAUCUCUGACAGUGGUAUACAUCUUCAUGUUCCUGCUCUACUUCGUCAACGCGUUCCGUUCAGCAAUCACCUCCAACCUAGGCGCCUAUGUUGUCAGCGGAUUCGAAGCCCACUCGCUCAUCCCCGUCAUCGCCAUCGUCGGCAAUGUCAUGUCGGCGGCCUCCUACAUGCUGGUCGCAAAGAUCCUCAAUCUGUUCGACCGGUCGUAUGGUUUCGCCUUCAUGACCCUGUUGGGAGUGGUUGGUUUGAUCUUAAGCGCGACCUGCACCAAUAUUGCCACCUAUUGUGCAGCUGAAGUCUUCACCUCCGUCGGCUUCACCAGCUUGAUCUUGUCGAUCGAUAUCAUCACUACGGACACGUCCUCUCUCCGCGAUCGAGGUCUCGCCUACGCCUUCACCUCCAGCCCAUACAUUAUCACGGCUUUCGCUGGACCCAAGUCCGCCGAAGGGUUUUAUGACACCAACUGGCGGUGGGGAUAUGGGUCUUUCGCCAUCAUCUUGCCGUUCGUGGCCGCACCAUUAUUCAGCGUCUUGCAAUACAACAAGAUCAAGGCGACUAGACAGGGUCUGCUUGUCAAGAACAAGAGCGGCCGCACGUGGCGCGAGGCCAUCUGGUUCUACAUCAUCGAGUUUGAUCUCCUGGCGGUUUUCCUUCUGGCGGGUGGUCUCGUGCUUUUCCUUCUACCAUUCUCGUUGGCCGCCUCCACGUCGGAUGAAUGGCGCUCCGCUUCCAUCGUAUCGAUGCUCGUCAUCGGUUUCGUCAUGCUGGUUGCCUUUGGCCUUGUCGAGCGCUUCGUGUCGCCGAAGCCGUUCAUCCCCUACGUCCUGCUGGUGGAUCGUACCGUUCUCGGAGCAUGCUUGUGCGACCUGACGUAUCAAAUCGCCUACUACUGCUGGGCGUCAUACUUUCAGUCGUACCUCCAGGUCGUCUUCAACCUAUCAAUCUCUACCUCGGGUUACAUCGGCAGCACUUUCGACGUCGUAUCCGGAGUCUGGCUUUUGGGAGUCGGAUACCUCAUCCGCAAGACGGGAUACUUCCGAUGGCUGCUCUGGAUCGCCGUUCCUCUCUAUCUCUUGGGGGUCGGGCUUAUGAUUCAUUUCAGGCAGCCUGGAAUGAACAUCGGAUACGUGGUCAUGUGCCAGAUCUUCAUCGCCUUUGCCGGUGGUACCAUGAUCAUCUGCCAACAAGUCGCCGUAUUGUCCGUGGCUUCGCACAACGAUGCCGCCGCCAUGCUCGCCCUACUCGGUCUGUUUGGUAACGUCGGUGGAGCCGUCGGCAACUCGAUCUCCGGUGCUAUCUGGACGCACAUCUUCCCCGACGCUCUACAAAGGCUACUGCCUGCGGAAACCGUUGGCAAUUGGGAAACAAUUUAUGAAGACCUGGCCGUGCAACUCAGCUACGAAGUGGGCGAUCCGACUCGAUACGCUAUCCAAAUGGCCUAUGCGGAAGCCCAGAGCAAGAUGUUGAUCGCUGGUACCGCUGUUAUGGGUUUGGCCAUCGUCUGUGUUGCUAUCAUCCGCAACAUCAAGGUCAGCGAGAUCGAGCAGGUCAAGGGGAUGCUCUUCUGAUUGGGG